AUGGCGGCCAUCCAGGCGCUGCAGCAGUGGUGCCGGCAGCAGUGCGAGGGCUACCGGGGCGUGAGCAUCACCAACAUGACCACGUCCUUCCGCGACGGCCUGGCCUUCUGCGCCAUCCUGCACCGCCACCGGCCCGACCUGCUAAACUUCGACAGUCUCAGGAAGGAGAACGUCUAUGAGAACAACCAGCUGGCCUUCCGCGUGGCCGAGGAGCAGCUGGGGAUCCCAGCCCUGCUGGAGGCCGAGGACAUGGUGGCUCUGAAGGUGCCCGACCGGCUGAGCAUCCUGACCUACGUGUCGCAGUAUUACAACUACUUCCAUGGACGCUCGCCCAUUGGGGGCUUGGCUGGCGUGAAGAGGCCCCUGUCCGAGGCCCAGGAGGAGCCGUCGGGGAAGCGGGCCUCGCCCACGCCCGUCCGGGGGCCGCUGUCCCCCGUCAGCACCAACGUCCAGCGGAAGGACCAGGGCGCGGAGGGCCCCCCGCUGAAGGCUGGCCAGGGCGGCGCGGGGAGCAGCUCCUGCGGGGUGUGCGGCCAGCACGUGCACCUGGUGCAGCGACACCUGGCAGACGGGAGGCUGUACCACCGCAGCUGCUUCAGGUGCACGCGGUGCUCCGGCACCCUGCGGCCCGGCGCCUACCUGCCCACGGCCCAGCCCGGCGUCUUCGUCUGCUCCAGCCGCUGCCCCGCAGCCGCCCCCGCGGGGCCCCGGCCGCCCAGCGCCCCCCAGACGGCCCGGGGGGCCGGGCCCGCAGCCCCGGGGCCUGUGGUGGGCGGCGUGGUGGCCAAAGGCUCCCCGCGGGGCACGCCCUCCCCCCAGGCCCCCGCGGGGAGCCCGGCCGGGCCCAGGCCCUCGGGGGGCCCCGUGGGCGGCGGAGCCCUGACGCCCGUGACCAACAGCUCCCCGGCGGGGUGGUCCCCGGCCCAGGGCCCGGCGGCCGGCAGCCCCCGUCCCGCUGCGGCCCCCAGAGCCCCGGGCCCGCUCCCGGCCACACAGCCGGCCCGGGCAGCCUCCCCGGCCCCGGGCAGCGCGGGAGCCCCGGCCUGGACCCCCGCGGCCUCCCGGACGCAGCAGGCCCGCGAGAGGUUCCUGCUGGCGCCCGGGGCCCCCAGCCCGGGGCCGGCCGGCAGGGCCCCUGCCGCAGCCCACACGCCCUCUGAGGCCAGCCGCAGGGAGCAAGCGCGGAGCUGUCUCCGGAAGGCCCUGCCCGGGCCCCGCGGGGCACAGGAGCCAGGCAGGCCUGCCCCAGCCACUGCCUCUGCUUCCAACGGCCUUCCCAGAGGUGAAGGGCCACAAGCAGGUCCAUCGGCCAAGCUGCCACAGCCGGUGUCUCCCCCAGCCCUCAGCCCCCCUGCAAAGACGGAGCCAGCAGCCCCCCUGAGUGUGGGCACCACCACACGGGCAUCCACGUCGCCCAAGGUGGGCAGGGUGAGCUCAGCGGCGCCCUCAGGGGGCAGCCGGGCAGCUGCUGACUCCAGGCUGAAGCCAGAGACCCCGCUGGCGAAGGGCCCAAGUGCCGGCUCCCAGAAGGACCAGGUGGAUGGGCCGGCAGAGUGGAGGAGCCACCUGAGGCCCGUGGCGAAGAAGCACCCAGCUGAGAGGGCCCCGGAGCCGAUGGAGCCACGGGGCCCAGGGAAGCCGAGGGCGGGGGCUGAGCCCCAGAAGGCCCCUGGGAGCUCCGAGGGGGGCGUCUGCAUCACCCUGACCCCCGUGCGGCCCGACAGGACUCCAGGCCCUGCUGGCCUCCAGCCCAGCCACUCCGCAGCCGCCUCCCCAGCAGCGCCCUCCCCGUCCGGCCGCAGGAAGCUGGUGGUGCCCCCCAGCCUGGACCUUUCUGACAGCUGGCUUCAGCCCAGGCCCCCGCGGCAGGAGGCCCCGGUCCAGGGCCCGAAGGACAAGCCUGGGAGGCCCUUGGGCCCAGCCGACACCCCCGCCUCCCCUGGCAAGGCGGUGACCUCCCCGGUCAGGCUGCACCCCGACUACCUGCCCCCCGAGGAGAUCCAGAGGCAGGCCCAGCAGAUCCAGCGGCAGCUGGACGCACUGGAGCUCAGGGGCGUGGACCUGGAGAGGCGCCUGCGGGCGGCCGAGGGGGACGCCUCUGAGGACGCACUCAUGGUGGACUGGUUCCGGCUCAUCCACGAGAAGCAGCUGCUGCUGCGGCUGGAGUCAGAGCUGAUGUACAAGGCCAAGGACCAGAGCCUGGAGGAGAAGCAGCUGGACAUCUUGGAGGAGCUGCGCCAGCUGAUGGCCCGACCGGAAGGUCUGAAGUCGCCCCGGGACCGGCAGCGGGAGCAGGACCUGCUGACCCAGUACGUGAGCACCGUCAACGACCGCAGCGACAUCGUCGACUUCCUGGACGAGGACCGGCUCAGAGAGCAGGAGGAGGACGAGGUGCUGGAGACCAUGAUCCAGAGGCUGGACCUGCAGAGGAAGAAGUCCAAGUUCCGCUUCUCCAAGAUCUGGUCCCCGAAGGGCAGGAGCAGGACCCCGGAGUGA